GGAGGAGGAGGAGGAGGAGGAGGAGGAGGAGGAGGACUCACCGAGGGGAGACUCACCGAGCGAGGUGGCCUCCGCGGCGGGACUAACGUGAGGGUUUCUGGCCGUUACACGUCACCGCCAGACUUCGGGACAAGCCACGUUAAUGACAGGUGAGGCCGGCCGCUCUAUUCUCUGCGUCUCUGGACCCGUGCGGCCUCUCUGGACCCGUGCGGUCUCUCUGGACCCUUGCGGUCUCUCAGCAUGUCUAAGUCGACUCUCCUGAAGGUGAUCCUCCUGGGGGACGGCGGCGUGGGCAAGUCCUCCCUCAUGAACCGCUACGUCACCAACAAGUUCGACUCGCACCUCUUCCACACCAUCGGCGUGGAGUUCCUCAACAAGGAGCUGGAGGUGGAUGGGAAGCGCGUCACCCUGCAGAUCUGGGACACAGCGGGCCAGGAGCGCUUCCGCAGCCUCCGCACGCCAUUCUACCGCGGCUCCGACUGCUGCCUCCUCACCUUCAGCCUGGACGACGGACAGAGCUUCAGCAACCUGGCUAACUGGAAGAAGGAGUUCAGCUUCUACGCUGACGUGAAGGACCCGGACGGUUUCCCCUUUGUGGUUCUGGGCAACAAACUGGACGUCCCGGAGCGCCAGGUGUCUGGUGAGGACGCGAGGCAGUGGUGCAGAGAGAACGGUGGACACCCUUACUUUGAGACGAGCGCCAAAGAUGCUACGAAUGUAGCGUCAGCCUUUGAGGAGGCCGUGCGACGCGUUCUGGCGUCCGACGACAGAGAUGAUCACGUGAUUCACACCAACACGGUGCAUUUGCAGAGGAAGACGGCGAGCUCGCCCAGCUGCUGCUGAGGGCUGAAGAUGCACCUGCAGGCGCCACGGGACGUUUGAAGGUGUGAGCGAUGUGAGCGAGAUCCAGGCUGGUGUUUUCAGCGAUUCCUCAUAUUUCUACAGACACAUUUUUAUUUUAAACGUGCCAAACUAUGAGGAAUACUUUUUCAAAAUGGAUUUAGAUUUUUGAAUUUGUGGAUAUUUUUAUGGACGUUGGAAAUCUUCCUUGUUUUUUUUUCAACUUUAAGGAAAGCCAAAAGUUUUAUUUUGAAAAAUGGGACAAUUUCCUGUUUCCACCUUCUACCCUUUCUUGGAAUGGAGAGCAUUUAAGUUGAGAUCAUUUGGUGUUUUUUUUUCCCUUCCUAGUUGCUCUCAUGCUUUUUUUCUUUGUCUUUAAAUCUAUGUUUGCUUUCAUUUUUGUGUCUUUUGUUUUAAUGUUUUUUACCUCUCAGAAGUUAUUUUUUGUAGUAUACUUGUAUUUAUUUUUCCAGACUUUCUGUUGUUUCUGUCUCAGAUGGUUUUCAGGAGGUCAGAGUUUGUCAGCUGCUGAAGAAACAGAUUUUAGCUUACAGAAAACGUAAAGAAAUUCCCACAAUUGGACUUUCUAAAUGCUGUCUUUGUCCUUUUUUUGGUGCUGCCAUCCUAUUUCUUUCUUUAAAUUUAUUAUUACUAUUAUUAUUGUUUAGCCUUUUCUUUGUCAGCUUUGCUCUAAAUCAAACGACUUUAACAGUCAAGUGAUUAUUUGCAUCUUUGAUCAAACUGACUAAAACUUGUUUUUUUUGUUGUAGUUUUAUUUUUGUCCACAAGAUGGUUCAGAGUUCAUGAACAAAAGAAUCACUGAAAACAUUUCAGUGCUCAAAUUCAGAGGUUUCCUUAAGUGACCACACCAGUUAUAAAACUUUAUUUAUAGUUUUUGUAUUUUUUAAAACACAGGCUCAGUUUAAAUCUUCUAGGAAAACGAUUAUUUUAGGAAAUAACUUGUAAUGUUUGAAAAUGUAAAAAGUCUUGAAUUAAUGAUUAAAGGCUCAGUCAUAUUUGAA